AUGAGUGGUAUUAAACGAACUUUUCUUGCUGAAGAAUGUUCAGCUACAACAGAUGAUAAUAAUUCAUCUUUAACAGAUAAUAAUAAUAUUCAACCAUCAAGUCCAAGUGAUUCUCCACAAUCAAAAAAACUUCGACGUUCAUCAUCACAUCAUACAACAGAAUCUGAAAAUGAUGAUGAAACUCAAGAAGAUCAAUAUGAACAAGAAAAUGGUAUAACUAAUGGUCAUUCACCAGUUCAAUCAGAAAGAUCCGAAGAGGAAGAAGAAGAAGGUGAUGAAGAUGAAGAUGAUGACGAUGAUGAUGAAGCAACUGAAGCUGAACCAGAAUCUUUUUCUGAUGAUUCAAUUGUUCAUGUCAGUUUUGAUAAUGGAAAAGAUGAUAUAUUUCGUUAUGAUGGUUCAAUUCGUUUUCAUAUUAUUGCUCCAUCACGACCACAAUCUGGUCAAUUAACAAGUGAUCAAUCAAUAAUUCGUACUUUUAUAUGGACUUUAUUAGCAUUUUCAAAACCGAAUUAUGAUAGUUGCCAUAAUGAUGGUGGAACAUUUAGUCUUUUUCUUAAAUGUGAACCCGAAAAACUUUCACCGGGUUGGUCGAUAUUUGCUAAAGCUGAAUUAACUCUUUUACAUGCAACUGAUCCGAAUAAAAAUUUUGUGAAAAAAAUCAAUCAUUUGUUUAAUGCACGCUCAAUUGAUUGGGGUUUUCAUCAAUUUAAAUCAUUGAAAGAAAUCUAUAGUGAAUUUAUUCAUUGGCCAGAUAAUACAAUUCGAAUUGAAGCAAAAAUUCAUGCCGAUGCUCCACGUAAUGUUGAAUGGGAUUCAAAAGGACAAACUGGUUUUGUUGGUUUGAGAAAUAUUGGUGCAACUUGUUAUAUGAAUUCAUUUUUACAAACAAUUUAUUUUACUAAAAAACUACGGCGGGCUGUAUAUGCUUUGCCAACGGAUAGUGAUGAUCAAUUACAUAGCAUUCCACUUGCUCUACAAAAACUUUUUUAUGAUCUUCAAUUUACUGAUCGACCAGUCAGUACAAAAAAGUUAACACGUUCAUUUGGGUAUACUCUCGUUGUUUUUGUUUAUGAUUAUAAGAUAUAUAAACUUUUUUUUGUUUUUCGUGUUUUUGGAUGGGACAAACCGGAUGAAUUUUGUCAACAUGAUAUACAAGAAUUUUGUCGAGUGUUACUUGAUAAAUUGGAGUCAAAAAUGGAAGGUACAACUAUGGAAGGUGUUAUUCCAUCGCUUUUCCAAGGACAAUAUGUGCAAUAUGUUCGAUGUACAAAAGUUGAUCAUGAAUCUCGUGUAAAACAAACAUUUUAUGAUGUUCCAUUACAAGUACGAAAUAAUGCCAAUAUUACAGAAAGUUUUCGUGAUUUUUGUAAAAGUGAAAUCUUAACAGGUGAAAAUUUAUAUGAUGCUGGUAGUAUUCAUGGUUUACAGGAAGCAGAAAAAGGUGUUAAAUUUCAAAAAUUUCCACCUGUACUUUGUCUUCAUUUAUUACGUUUUGAAUAUGAUUAUAAUUUAUCUCAACAUCGAAAAAUAAAUGAUAGUUAUUCAUUUGAUUAUCAUCUUGAUUUAAAUGAAUUUCUUGAAAAUCCUGAUUGUUCAUCAUGUUCAUAUAAAUUAUUAUCAAUAUUAGUACAUAGUGGAGAUAAUUCAAGUGGUCAUUAUGUUUCAUUUAUUAAUCCAGCAUUAGAUGGACAAUGGUUUAAAUUUGAUGAUGAUGUUGUUGCACGAGUAGCAGCAAGUGAUGCUAUGGAAAGAAAUUUUGGUGGUACACAAGAUGAUGAUGGUAGUAUGUAUAAUACAUCAGCUUAUAUGCUUGUUUAUAUACGUGAAGAUUGUCAAAAAGAUGUUUUAUGUGAUAUUAAUCAGGAAGAUAUUCCUCAAAAUUUAAUAGCAAGAUUUGAUUAUGAUAAAAAAUAUCUUUUAAAACGUCGUCAAGAUAUGAUGGAUAAUGAUGGUUUUGUUGAUAUACAAAUUAUAUUAACAGAUGAUUUUCAUAUUCAACAAACAAUUUGUUUAACUGAUCUUAUUUGUGAAAAUCCUGUUGAAUUAUUACAAAAUAAACGUUGUUUACGAUACAUACAAGCUCAACAUGGGGAAAUAUUUCGCGUAUUUGCAAGACGAUUAGCAUACGCAUUGGGAGUAAAUCUUGAUGAAGAUAUUCGAAUAUGGAUUGUUCAUACACAUGAAAUUCAUGUUAAUCAUCAUUAUCAUUCACAAUCUCUUCUUACAUCUGCACUUAUUUAUUGUGACGAUUAUGAUAAAAAAAUAAUUGAUCUAUUUGAAUAUGAUAUAUCUGAUCGUCGUACUUUAUCAAUAUUUGUUGAACAAAAACUAUUUCUUAAUAGUAUUUAUCAAUUAUUAGCAUUUGAUAAAGAUGAUGACCUUUUAAUUUUUGUUCGUUUUUAUAAUUCUCGAUAUGAAUCUCUUUUGUAUUAUGGUCAUUUUCUUUUUUCGCAACAACAAUCAUUUCAGAAAUGUUUAAAUGAUAUAGCAUUGCAAAUAAAAGUUUCUGUAUCAUCUUCAACAACAUUUAUUGUUCAUCAAGCUGUACCAACACAUAAUCAAACACAUCAAUAUGAAUUAAUAAAAGCUUCUAGUUAUGAUUUAUCAUUAAAUCAAGUACUUGAUCCAUGUUUAUCUGGUGUAUCAAUUAUAAUUCAAAUAAUUGAUAUUAAUCAAACAAAUGAUGAUUAUCCAUUAACAACCGUUGAAGAUUAUUUUCGAAAUAUUGAAAAUCGUCAAGAAUUUGAUGUUUGUAAUCGUGAUAGUUUACGAAAUGAAUGUCUAUUUAAAUUAUAUCUUCCAAUGAAAACAACAGUUAAAGAAGUUAUUCGAUUAAUUGCUGAACGAAUUGAAUAUUCACAACAACAAAUUAUUUUACAAAAACCUUCAACUUCAACAUCCAUAUCGAAUAAUAUAUCUUCUACAAAUUCAUUACAUAUAUCAAGUGAUCAAACAUUAAGAGAUCUUUAUUCAAAUACACGUGGCUCUGUCACAUCUCCACGAAAACUCUAUUUUAGACGAUUACCCUUUAAUUACACUGAACUUGAACAUCGUCGUCCAAUUCGUAUAUUUUUUACUAAUCCAGCAAAAAAAGAUGAACAACGUGAAGUACAAUUGUAUGUCAAAAAAUCUUCGACUGUGGCUGAAUUUCUUGAUGAAGUUAAACAAUGGAUUCCUAGUGUUUGUUCAGAGAAUGGUAGUCAACAAUUAAGAUUAAUUGAAGUAACAUUAUCAAGUCAAAUAAAUUCUCUUCCAUUUCAUCUUAAUAUAUGGUCGAAUCGAUCAUGUAUGGAUGAACUUGAAAAUUGUUCAAAUCGGUAUUAUCAUUUAGAAGAAAUAUCUAAUGAUGAAAUUGAUCUUGAAAAAGAUAGUGAAUUGAUACCUGUUGCACAUUAUACUAAAGAAAAUAUGAUUCAAAUAAAUAUUCAAAAAUUUUUUCCAUUUCUACUCAAAGUGAUACAUAAUGAAUCAUUUGGUGAUGUUAAGCAACGAUUACAAACAAAAAUGGGUCUUGUUAAUAGAGAAUUUGAAAAAUAUCGGUUUUCAAUAUUUAAUGGUAGUAAAGUAAUAUCUCGAUGUGAUGAUAAUAUGGGAAAGAUAAAUGUAAAUGAACUAAAAUUAGUACAAACUAUAUGUUGGCUUGGUUUAGAAUUACCAUCAAUAUCAAAUCCACGCAAGACUCGAAAAUCACUUUUCUCAGAAAAACCGAUUCGAAUAAACUAG